CAUUGGCUUAAAAAAUCAUGUGAGCUGAUUUGUUUCCUUUGAUUGGAUUAGCGAUUUCAUCAGUGUCAGUAGCCGAGAAUUGAUUCUUUAGCUGACGAAACACUGCUCAGAAUAUUUCGAAGUUGGUGCCUAAUAGACAUUGUGUUGUCCGGGGUAGAUAUUUCAGAAUGAAGUUGGGUUCUGCUGGAGUUGCUCUUGCUCUGCUUACAAGCAGCUGCUGUAUUGCAUUGCCACCAAACAAGGAGCACAAGGAAAGAGUUGUUGAUGUGAAAUUGAGCAAUAAAGAACAUGAUUUGAAUGGAGAACACAACGCUGACUAUGACCAUGAUGCGUUCAUGGGCAAGGAGGCUGGUGAGUUUGAAGACCUGACACCAGAGGAGAGCAGAAAAAGACUAGGAAUGAUCGUGGACAAGAUUGACAAGGACCAUGACCUGUUUGUCACAGAGCAGGAGCUCCAGCAGUGGAUCCAGUAUGUACAGAAGAAGUACGUGUUGGAGGACACGGACCGCAUGUGGAAGGACCAUGAACUGGACGGUGGGGCCCUCUCAUGGGACUCCUACCGCAAGAGAACAUAUGGCUACGAGUAUGACCCUGAUGAGGAACAAGAUUUUGCAGAGAUGGUCAAGAGAGAUGAACGCAAAUUUAAACAGGCUGACCAAGAUGGUGAUGGGAAGCUCACAAAAGAAGAAUUUGCUGCAUUUUUACACCCAGAAGAGCAUGAUCAUAUGAAAGACAUUGUUGUAUUAGAAACCAUGGAAGAUAUUGACAAAGACAAGGACGGCAAAAUCAGCCUUGAAGAGUACAUUGCCGAUAUAUAUGACCCUGAGGAAGAUGAUGAUGAUGAACAUGAUGAUAAUGGAGGUGAUGAGAAUCAUGAUGGAGUACCGGACUGGGUGGACUCAGAGAGAGAGCAGUUUGUACUCUUCCGGGACAAAAAUCGUGAUGGCCAUCUUGACCCAGAUGAGGUCGGCCAUUGGAUUAUCCCAGAGAGUUACGAAAACAGCAUUACUGAGGCCAAGCAUUUGACCAUGGUCUCGGAUCAAGAUGGGGAUGGUAAACUCACCAAGCAAGAGAUUCUUGACAAGUACGAUGUAUUUGUGGGGUCACAAGCAACAGAUUUUGGAGACGCCCUCAACAGACAUGAUGAGUUCUAAUCUCCUGCACCAAGCAUACACUCAGCCGUCCUGCAUAUGGACAUGUAUUGGCGACUUGUGAAAGCCAGAUAUCUGCGUGUUCUGAUAUAUGUUUGUUCAACAUUGAGAUUUUCUUUUUGUAAUAGCUAGUUAGUUUGUAUGUAGGUACUUAUGUACUUGAAUUUGUCAGUUGCUGAUGCUUGUUUCUUGUGGUUAUAUGCUUUUUUGUCCCCGUACUUAGGUACUGAUAAGCCUAUACACCAACCUGUCAGGUAUUUUCAGCCUUUGUGAUAAUCAUACUAAAUUGUUUAUGUUUUGAUGUUUUUUACGAGUAUUGUCAUAGAAAUUGCUGCUAUACAUAAUGCGCAUUAUAGAAUUUCCUAGUCAAAAUUGUAUUAAUUACAUAUUAAGUAUUUACCCGCAUGUAAAUAUAUAUCCUUUAAUGAACAAACAUCAGAUAUAUUUUGCUUCUGAUUUGAUAACCAUAUUUAACCCAUUUAUGCCUAGCGUCUAAAAAUAAGGCCUUGGCAUGAUGCGGCGUCUCAUCAGGUUCUGCGCUAUUUGCUUAAAGGAGUUUCUUUUAGAAAUAUUCGAAUUAUAGAAAUAAAUAUACUAGACAUCCCUAAUUUUGGAAAUAAAUUGAUCCAAUUAAGAUGGAUGCGAGAGUCCGCUAGGCAUAAAUGGGUUAAUGCAUAUGCAGUGUCCACAGAUCACUUAAUGCAGCCAAACAGGCUUAUAUGUGAUGACUCUGCAGUGUCCACAGAUCACUUAAUGCAGCCAAACAGGCUUAUAUGUGAUGACUCUGCAGUGUCCACAGAUCACUUAAUGCAGCCAAACAGGCUUAUAUGUGAUGACUCUGCAGUGUCCACAGAUCACUUAAUGCAGCCAAACAGGCUUAUAUGUGAUGACUCUUUCAGAUAUUCUUUUAUUGUAUAUUCUGCUGCAAACUCAACUCCAUUGUAAAUUGACAAUGUUAUCCAGAACAAUACUAAAUGUGCAGACCGUAUAUGUAUAAAGCCUGGUAUCCUAUCUCAGGCAUCAGUGGCUUGGAUUUCAUUUCUGUCCAUUUGUGUGUGCUCUGUAAAAAAGUACUGGUGAUAUUAUAAACACAUUUUGUCUUAGUUUAUUAUGACAACCAUUUGAAUAAUGAAAUAUUUGUUCGCUCUCUUCUGAUAAAUUAUUCAUAAAAACUUACACCUAAAAUUUAUGUUACUUGCAACUCAAGGCUCAAUUUAUUUUAAAUCAUAAUUUUGAGUUUAAGUCAGACAUUUAUUGUAAGACCAGUAUACCAGACUUAUGUAACAGAAUUGUGGAAUUUUUUGUUUGUGCACAUAGUUGCGAUGCAUAUCCUUACAUCUUUGUCAUGUGUGGGCUGUAUACGGAGAAUACCUUACAUGUAUGUCAUGUGUGGGCUGUAUAUGGAGAAUACCUUUGAUGCAUAAUACCAGUACAUACAAUGUACAUUGAGACAUGAAUCGUACAAUAACUCAUGCGCUCUAUAUUACCUGUAUAUAAUCUUACAAUUUUUUAAAAUGACAAACGUCUAAUCCGCUUUUGUGAACAAUUCAUAUUAGACUUUGUAGGUCUGACCUUUAUGUAAUAACCCUUUUUAUGAAAUUAAUUGCCAUAAUAUACAUUAAGAUUUUUUUUACAGUAUUUGGUCUACACUGUAGCUCCAAUGUAAUGUGGAAUAUGGGGUCCAAGCCACAAGACAGAGUUAUACACGGUAUUGCGUUAUGAGUUGUGGGCAAUAUUUGAAUUUCAAGAAAAUGCUCUUGAUCUAAAUGCAAGAUUUGAGAAAAAAGGGGAGCCAAGACCCACCCGUGUCAUAUUGGAAUCAGCGGUAUAGUGGAGCGCAUUAGACUGGAUUUACAGUGUAAUACAUUUACAAGUUAUUGGAUUAAUGAGAAGUAAAACCAAUCUUUAAGUUUUACUAAUCAUUUUACUAACAGAUCUGGGCUCUCAACAAUUUUUAUAACUUGUUGUUUUGCUGAACAAAUAUAUCCUGGUAAAAAUGUAAAUAUCAUUUUCAUAUGACACUAGAUGCUUUUAAGUAGUUAUAGAAUAUUUUUUUUUAUGAAUCUGUAAUUUUCUUACUGUUAAAAUCAGCUAACAGCACUUACAUUUGAAAUCAAAAUACCACAGAAUAAUAAUGUAUAUAUAUGUAAAAUUGACUUACUUACAAUAGUGUAAAUUAUGAUCAUUUUUGUCAAAAUGUAAUUCUCUUUAUUGUCCCCUACCGGUUUCACCGGAGGGGACUUAUGGUUUGCGCUCUGUCUGUCCGUCUGUCCGUCACACUUUUCUGGAUCCUGCGAUAACUUUCAAAGUUCAAAAUAUUUUUUCAUGAAACUUGAAACAUGGAUAGAUGGCAAUAUGGACAUUAUGCACGUCAUUUCAUUUUGUUCUUACGUCAAAAAUUAUGGUUGCUAUGGCAACAAAUAGACUAGAAAUACUGCUGAAAAAGGUGGAUUUCUGGAUUCUGCGAUAACUGUAAAAGUUCUUAAUAUUUUUUCAUGAAAUUUGCAACAUGGAUAGAUGGCAAUAUGAACAUUAUGCACGUCAUUUCAUUUCGUUCCUACAUCAAAAUCUGUGGUUGCUAUGGCAAACAAAAAAAUUCUGAAAAUGGUGGAAUUUCUGACAAUGGUGGAGCCGGUAGGGGACAAUAUUGCUUGACAAUAGCCUUGUUCAUUCAAAUUGUCCUUGUUAUUGUAUUUUCUGUUGAUUUGAUCAGCGCAAAACCUAAAUCCUUUGCAACAAUCAAUUUUAAAAACCUGUAUUAUUAUUUAUUUCUUAAGUAUAUAUUCAAAACUUUGUCUCAAAAUCUAGUAUGGUAUACCCAACCAUAGCAUUGUAUUAUUACACAUACCUGCACAUAUAUGUGUGUGGAACAUAUCACCAACUUCUUAGUCUUCUUAUUUUGAGGCCUGUUUACAUAUACCAAAACAUGCGAGCAUGUAAUAGUUUUUUCAUGGAACAAUAAUAUUUUCAGCCCACUUUUAUAACUUAUAUGUUAUAAAUGUUUUUGGUUGGUGCUUGCUUUUUUUCAAAAACAUAACUUUUUAAAAUAAAGUCUUUAAGUAACACAGACUUUUUCUUUUGUUUUCUUGUGUGUGCCAAACUCUGAGAAAUAUUCUAACCAUUUUUAUAUUAUUUUUCUUUUGUGCAUACUUAUGUUUGUUUAAAUACAAGUGUUUUUUAGUCCCCUACUGGUUUCAUGGGAGGGGACUUAUGGUUUUGUCUCCGUCCGUCCGUCACACUUUUCUGGAUCCUGCGCUAACUUUUUAAGUUCUUAAUAAUUUUUCAUGAAACUUGGAACAUGGAUAGAUGGCAAUAUGGACAUUAUGCACGUCAUUUCAUUUCGUUCCUACGUCAAAAAUUCUGGUUGCUAUGGCAACAAAUAAACUAGAAAUACUGCUGAAAAUGGUGGUUUUUCUGGAUCCUGGGAUAACUUUUAAAGUUCUAUAUAUUUUUCAUGAAACUUGAAACAUUGAUAGAUGGCAAUAUGAACAUUAUGCACAUAAUUUCAUUUCGUUCUGACGUAAAAAAUUCUGGUUGCUAUGGCAACAAUUAGACUAGACAUACUGCUGAAAAUGGUGGUUUUCUGGGUCCUGCGAUAAAUUUUAAAGUUCUUAAUAUUUUUUCAUGUUACUUGAAACAUGGAUAGAUGGCAAUAUGGACAUUAUGCGUUCGGACGUAAAAAAUUCUGGCUGCUAUUGCAACAAAUAGACUAGUAAUACUGCUGAAAAUGGUGGUUAUCUGGAUCUUGCAAUAACUUUUCAAGUUCUUAACAUUUUUUUAUGAAACUUGAAACAUGGAAAGAUGGCAAUAUGGACAUUAUGGACAAAAUUUGGUUGCUAUGGCAACAAAUAUAUAUAAAAAAAAAUCUGGAAUUUCUGACAAUGGUGGAGCCGGUAGGGGACUUAUUGCUUGACAAUAGUCUUGUUUUUCAUAAUUUUAGAAUAAACAUUUGUGUAUACACACAAACAUGUGAUCGCUGAAUUUCAGAGCAAUGACGACAGCAAUGUAGUUGUUUAAAAGACAUAAGAAUAAAUAAGAAGUAAUGGAGAUAUAUUUCACACUAAAGCACAUACUGAUUUCUUUUAUAUGCAAUUUUAUUUUUGUAAAUCGAGAUUUGUUAUCAGAUAUAAUGAACUGGUGCUAAAAGGUUAUUUUAUGUUUUUAAUAAGAAACAAAAUCACAUGGCAGAAAAGGUUUUGUGUCAUAGAACUUGUGUUAACAUGAAGUUUGCAGUAUAAAUACAAUGUGUUAAUGAUGUUUUUAAUAAACCAUUUUUACUGUCAA